AUGGAUAAGAGUAUUUGUUUGGCUUCCCGUUAUAAUCCCAAUAACAAGGAUGAGGAAGCGAAGAAUUUCAGCUGCGCUACCAUGAAUCUCUGCUCCAAAUGCUACGGUGCGAUCCGUUUGAAGGAGCAGGACGACGUGUCGACCAAAUCCACGAUCGAAACCGCGCUUUCUUCCUCCGCGAAGACACCGCUGUCCACGGCGCCACCGGCGGCGAUUGAUGUCCUUCUCGAAGCAUCGCCCCCGCCUUCGCUCCCGGCAGAAGCUGCGGUCGCGAUUCCGGUUCAGGUCGCGGUGGUGACGAGCUCUACAUCCUCGGGUUCAGCGCAACCGAACCGGUGCGCCGCGUGUCGGAAGCGUGUGGGGUUGACUGGGUUCAAGUGCAA